AUGAAAUUUAUUGAUAUCACUAUAACUGCAGUCACUGCCAUCGCGAGUGUCAAUGCAAUCGCUGUUCCAGAAUCUGACCACGUUUUGCAAGCCAGAUCGAUCCCACAACCAAACGAGUCUCAGACCGUGCUCGAGCGUCGUUCACCUAAUUAUGGCGGUGGCUGGAAUAACCAAAUGUGGGGUAACAAUAUGUGGAGCAACAGUAUGUGGAACAAUCCCUGGGGAGGUGGUACUAUGUGGGGUAACCGGGCGUGGAAUAGUUGGUGGUAA